AUGAUGAAUAUAUCUUUACCUUUUGAGAAAGAAAAAGAAACAAAUCCCUUCUUGUUGUUUCAUUCUCAAGAAACCACUACCACUACCACGAAAGAGGAUCCUUCUUCUUCUUCUUCUGGCCAAUUGAGCCUUCGGAUGGCCUCUGUUGCAACAACAAUUCCGAGAAUUUCCAUAAUUGACUACAGUCAAGAUCCUUUCACGACUCGACAUUCCAGACAAUUUCAUUCCGAUGAUUCUUUACAUUUAUAUCAUAAAAUUGAAAUUACAUACUUGUCAUCAUUGGGAGGAAAUGGUUUCAAUCCGAGCUAUCCCUCACAUUUAUUAUCGGAGACCAAAGUUACCAAAAAAGAUUAUUCUAAAUUUAUAGGAGCUCUCACGGAUAUCUAUUUUAUGAGAUUGAGUUGGAAAGUGAAAAUGAUUAUUGUUGGAAUUUGGUUGAGCCUUUCAUUGAUCGCUUUGAUUAUUAAUUUAGGAGUUGGAUUUGGAAUUUUACUGAAUCAAACGAGUGAUAAAACAAGGCCGUAUUGGACAACUUGUGUACCUGCAAUUACUCUUUCUCUGAUUAUUGCUUUCAUUAUUGGACUUAUUUUGUUUAUCAAGUAUUUACAUCAUCUUGUGACACGAAUGCAACGAUUACAUCAAUUUAUAGAUUCCCAUAGAGAUGAUUUUUUAAAAAUUGGAAUUGAAUUGAAUAUUGUUAAAGAUGAUAGAAAUGGAGUUUAUAUUGACAUGCAGAAAAUUACAAAUGAAAGAGAAGAUCGCCUGAUUAGAAUGUUCAAUAACAAGUCGAGAAAGUCAGGCAUAAAUCUUCUCAAUAUGACAACAACGACAGAAUCAACAGAUGAUGUUUCACAACACUCCAUGCAACAUGCUCCUUUUUACUCUUCUAAAUCCCUAAAGUCUCCUUACAUGCAGCUUGAAUAG